AAGUUCUACAAGUAACAAAUUUUGUGGGAGUACAAGUUUUAAUAAUAAUAAAAAAGGGGUUGCCGUUGUCGCAUCACCGCCACCUCCGCCACUUUUACCCCAUAAUUUUCCACCGCGCCACUUCUUUCUCUUUCUUUUCUCUCUAGGGUUUAGGGUUUAUCACCGGCGAAAUCAUGGGAAAAGCUAAAACAGCCCCCAAAUUUGCCGUCAGGAAGAAGCUCCUCACUUCCAAAACCCUCAAACAGCACAAGCAAGAAGUAUUAAACCCUACAAAGAAAGACCUUGAAUCCGCUAAUCUUCCUAGAAAUGUGCCUAAUGUAUCAUCUGCCCUAUUUUUCAAGUAUAAUACUGCAUUGGGACCGCCUUAUCGGGUUAUAGUUGAUACUAAUUUCAUCAAUUUUUCUAUCCAAAACAAAUUGGAUUUGGAGAAAGCAAUGAUGGACUGCUUAUAUGCUAAAUGUACGCCUUGUAUUACGGAUUGUGUUAUGGCCGAACUUGAGAAGCUUGGUCAAAAGUAUCGUGUAGCGUUGAGGAUUGCCAAGGAUCCUCGGUUUGACAGACUUCCAUGUAUUCACAAGGGAACAUAUGCUGAUGAUUGCAUUGUUGACAGGGUCACUCAGCAUAAAUGCUACAUUGUUGCGACCUGUGAUCGUGAUUUGAAGCGUCGGAUUAGGAAGAUACCUGGUGUGCCUAUCAUGUACAUCACCAGCCACAGAUAUUCAAUUGAGCGGUUACCCGAAGCUACAAUGGGAGGAGCGCCAAGAUUUUAAUGCUUUUACCUCUACUCUGGAUGACUACUGAUAUGUAUGUCCAGUGGACUUGCCCGGGAGAUGAAGAAUACGCAAAUUUUUAAUUGAAAGAAGGGUAGAUGUAUUGUAUCCAAUUUUGGUGCGUCAGGGUUCUUAGAGUAAAAUAUGUAAUGAGUUUUUACUUCAUAGUGAAUCUGAAAACUUAUUUUUGGUGUAGUAAACAGGCUUAACACAAGCUUUAAACUGGGUUGUUUCUUGUGAAAUGCAAGUUUCAUGGUGAUAAUUAUUAUUCUUUGUUACUCCGUAUUGUAUUUUAUAAAAAUAGUUAAUUUUUACUCU